UGGGAGAUAAACGUUGUGGGCUUUGCCCUUGCUCUCAUGCAUGAGCACACGCAGCACAUGCACGCACACACCCGCACCCACGCUCUCUAACCCCUGGUCAUCACACCCACAAUAAAAACUGCACUCUGCUCCAGUAAUUUUGUCCUUUCAGCUCCACACCUGGGAAAGACACGUCAAGUAAAGGUUCAUUCUGUUGUCGGUGGCUCCAUUUCCAUUCUGAUCCAUCCUGUGAGAUCCUCCCACCCACAGAAUGACGGACUCCUUUCCUUAUCUAGAUGUCUUCCUGGGCUUCCUGGGGUUUGGUCUUUCCAUCCUGUUCUGCACCAGCUUCUGCAGAUCGUGCGCCCGUAUGAGAGAGGAGCAGAUAGAGAGGGAAGCACAACUUCGCAGCGAGCAGAGGAGCCAGAUGCGCUCCAUAUACUUCAUCCCCUUCCCUCGAAAUAACUCACGGCGGGACAGUGACGAGAGCGACGAGGUCACUCCACCAAGAUACAGUACCACCAUCCGCUAUGAGCCCCCGCCAUCUUAUAAUGAGUUGGAAAUUAAACCAGAUGAUCUCCCACCUCCUUACACAGAACAAAAUAUUUCAGACUUUUUAAUCACACAACCACCAACUCAUACAACCGUGGACAUAGAUAACACUGGCAACAGACCAGGGCAGCAUCUUGUGGGGGAGCAGCUUGGGCAUCCCCUGCCUCCACCAGCCCCGCCACUUCCGAGUAAUCUUGUUUCUUCUCCUUGAAUUAACAUUCAGAAUCGGAAUGUCAAUAGAUACUCGCUGCCAAGCCCCCAAGUCAACAACCUCAAAGUGGGUUUGGAGUGUGCAGGAAGGUUAUUUCUCCCAGGGCGUCAAACAAGCUCAGACCACCUCUGCAUGGACAGAGUAAGACAGAAGCUUCACCCCGAUGAUCAUGGACGAUCCUGUGCUGCCUUCCUACAGCUUAUGCUGUUUGCGUUUUUGUUUUUGUGUGUGUGUGUCAUUGUGAGACAUUUACCUUAUUAUUUUAAAUUUAUUUAAUAAAGUAACAGCCCAGCGCUCUGCAGGAAAACUAUAAGUAUCGAUGGAGUUCAUGAUCUUUUCAAGACUUUGUUUCAGUUUGGGCCAAAGAGUGUUUCUUCCUGCAACCAAAAGCCUGUUUUCCCAAACUGCCACACUUCUUGUUGGCAUUGUGAUGUUUUAAUGAUAGAUUUUGAACAAAAAUAUUUUUUUCAGUUUGCUUGUAUGUAACAAGUCAUGAACUGAAAAUUAUGUCAUUUGCUUUUCACGAGUGAAAUGUUCAUCCAUCUGGUUCAAUUCACAAAUAUGUGCACAGAUAAUUUAAGCUACAUUGCUUGGCAUUAAUUUAAUUUUAUCCUGGUGGUAUGCAAGUGCAGCUUCAAAAGGAGACACUAUGCCUUGCAGAUAAAUCUUCAACUUCUGUCCAUUGGAUGAAUGGAUUAAGUGACGUGGAAAUGGGUUUGAAAUGGUUUUUGAACUAUGUGACAAAUUAGAUUUGAAAAUGGUUGGUGUGUAUUUCUAUUCAGUCAAGCUGAGAUGAUUCUUUGCAGAACCAUCUUUUGCUAAUAUUACAGCUGUUGGUCUUUCUGAUUUCCAGCUUGGCAUACCUGAAGACAUUUUUGCCCAUAAUCUGACUGAGUGCAAAUAUCAGUUUUUCCACAUAUUUUCUAUUGUAUUCAGGUUGUGGACUUAGAUUAGGGCAUUCUGCCUCUUUACUGUGAUAAAAUCCCACACAUAAAAUUUAACUACAAAUUAAGGACAUUUUUGUGUCAAAGGGGGCAGUGCAUGCCAUUGCUACUUAUAAAAAAAUGUAAAGGAAUUGUUGUUCUUUAUCAUUCUUAUUUAUGAACAACUUUAUCCUGGUCUGUCAUGUACAACCCCAAUGUAAUGUUAAACUUUCUAGUUUAAGCUGAAAAAAGUGUGAAAAAGUCCUGAAGUAAAACACGCUGUUUCUGUGUUUAAGUUCUUUACAUAUUGCUUCAAGGAUUGUAUGGCAAAAAGUUCACCAUGGGAUAAAAAUAUAAGUAAUAUUUAUUGUAGCUGGUCUACUUAAAUCCUCUAAUGCACAGAGGACAGAUUUUUGUCUAUUAUAAAAACAAUUUCCAUAAGAUAACAGUUGCAAAUCCUUCAGUAUUUCCGAUGUCUUUUUUCUGUGUGAAUCAAUUGUAAUUGCAAUGUUGCCAUGUAAACUCCUCAUCAGCAUUUAAAAAUAUAGUAUUGUAAAUACAUACACAUCUUUAUUUUGCUUUUGUACAAUGAAAUACAUGUUGAUGUUUUGUAUGUGUAGCUUUUGUUUUACUCAGAAAAAUUCCCUAUCUUUUCAAAGGUGAGUGAUGUUACCUGGAGCUCCACUAAAAACCAGAACAUAUUGAAUGAAUUAAAUUUGAAGGAACUUCUUAUUUUCUAUUCAAAUUACAAGAAAAGGUAAGUAGUUUUGUUUUUUGAGGUUUGUUAAGCUUUAAAAUGUUAAAGUGGUUUGGACUGCAGCAUUGUGUGUAGGCACUUUUAAAUGCAUUUGUUAUUUUAAAGAAAUCACUGUAAUAUGGCCAGUUCUCUUCAAAAGGAACUUCACAUGGCUGCCAGAACUGUAGUCCAGGGCCUAAAAUGUUCAGGCAAGAAAAGAGUUUAAAAAGUGAGUGUAAUUGAACUCCCUCCUCAUUUCAAGAUUUCUAGAUACGAAAAAUGUGGAGGUUGAAGUUGUUUGGUUCAAA